GGGGCUUAUGGACAGGAAAGGGAAUAACAUUUGAAAUGUAAAUAAAGAAAGAUCCACUUCCGGUGGCAGAUCGGUGGUUUAUCCUGUGCGGGGCAAAAUGGAGCUCGAGGUCAUGGGUACGCAUACCAGCCCAGUGAACCCGGCUGUCUUCCCUCACCUGACUGCGGUACUUCUGGCCAUCGGCAUGUUCUUCACCUCCUGGUUCUUCGUUUACGAGGUCACCUCUACCAAGUACACGCGCGAUAUUUACAAAGAGCUCCUCAUCUCCUUGGUGGCCUCACUCUUCAUGGGCUUCGGAGUCCUCUUCCUCCCGCUCUGGGUUAGCGUCUGCGUAUGA